AUGAGCAGAGAGCGAACUCAGAAUACCAUACAAACGUCUCUGCUUAUUAGACUAGCACUCACAAUGACCACGCCGGAAACGAAGACUGGAAUCAAAGUCAUUGUCGUCGGUGCAGGCUUUGGGGGACUCACAACUGCAAUCGAGUGCCAUCGGCAAGGCCACGACGUUGCGAUUUAUGAAUCGUUCCCCGAGCUUAAGCAAUUGGGCGAUAUCAUCUCUUUCGGUGCGAAUGCCGGUCGAAUCUUCCAGCGAUGGUCCAAUGGAGAUAUUGUCACCAAGUUGAAACCUCUUUGCAUCGACCUUCAGGAUUACGGCUUCAGAAUCCACAAGUGGGACACCGGUGAAGUCGUUCUUACUCAGAAAAGACCGCCUACAGACCCCGAUGCACCAGUCCUCAAUGGCCACAGAGGAGAGCUUCACGAAGUCAUCUUCAAUUAUGCGAAGGAUGAGCUGGCGAUUCCAAUUCAUCUGAAUCAGUUAGUCACUGAUUAUUUUGAGAAUGAGGAUGGCGCAGGGAUUCAGCUUCGAAAUGGUACCAAGGCUACGGCUGACGUCGUUGUUGCUGCGGAUGGAGUCCGAUCCAAAGCAAGGGAACUUGUUCUUGGCCACAAGGAUAGGCCAAAAAGCAGCGGAUAUGCGAUCUGGCGGGCAUGGUUUGCCGCCGAUGCCUUGCUGGCAGAUCCUCGGACCAGACAAUUCUGUGAGAAUGGCGACACUUUCAAUGGCUGGAUAGGACCAGACGCCCAUUUCUUAUUUUCUACUCUCAAGGGAGGUCAAGACUGCUCCUGGGUAUUGACUCAUAAGGACGAUUACGACAUCGAUGAAUCAUGGUCUUUUCCUGGCAAAAUCCAGGAUGUUUUCCAAGCACUGAAAGGCUGGGAUCCUAUCUGCCACGCAAUUGUCGAGAAAACUCCGUCACUGGUGGAUUGGAAACUCAUGUAUCGCGAUGCACUUCCUAAUUGGGUCAGCGAAGGCGGAAGAAUUGCCCUGCUGGGAGAUGCUGUUCAUCCAUUCUUACCAACAAGCACCCAAGGAGCAACUCAAGCUAUGGAAGACGGCGUAACAAUGGCAGUGUGCCUGAGACGCGCGGGAAAGAAAAACAUACGUACCGCACUCAGUGCAUACAAGGAAAUACGAUACGACCGCGUCAGGGCUGUGCAAAAGACUGGAAUCUCCACUCGUGAGAGGUGGCACAAAAUGGACUGGGAGAAAGUGAAGAAGGAUCCCACAACGAUUGCUUUGCCAAGAGAAGAUUGGAUCCUCGAGUUUGAUGCCGAAAAAUACGCGGAAGAGACGUAUGAGCGCGUUGUCGCCCCAUCCUAUUAG